AUGAAGUGCGAGUUGUACCACUGGGUGGAUCUGCUGGAUCGUUUCGAUGGGAUUCUGGCGGAGGCCGGGCGGCCGGUGGAGAACAUGUCGUGGAUGUUGGCGUGCGACCGGCCCGAGGGGGAACAGCUCAAAGCUCUGCUGUUGGCUCUGCUCAACUUCACCGCCCUGCUCAUCGAGUACAGCUUCUCCCGCCACCUCUACAGCUCCAUCGAGCACCUGACGGCGCUGCUGGCCUCCUCGGACAUGCAGGUGGUGCUGGCCGUGCUCAACCUGCUCUACGUCUUCAGCAAGCGCUCCAACUACAUCACGCGCCUGGGCUCCGAGAAGCGCAGCCCCCUCCUCUCCCGCCUCCAGCACCUGGCCGAGAGUUGGGGCGGGAAGGAGAACGGCUUCGGCCUGGCCGAGUGCUGCCGCGACCUCCACAUGAUG